UUUAAGUAAAUCAUGCUCCAUUUCAGCACCUAGUAUUUGCAUAGACUAUCAUGAAUGUUUUAUAUAGAAGAGUAUUAAAUUCCUGUAGAAGGAGAUUACUUAGUCCACCACAGGAUUACUUGAUUAAUACUGAAAAAUUCCACAAAGUCGGAAACUUAAAACUUCAACUACCUUUUUAUCAACAACAUGCUUGUUAUUCUCGAUUACCUGUCAAUACAGUUUUCCUCUUUGUUCCACAACAAGAAGCUUGGAUAAUAGAAAGAAUGGGAAAAUUUCUGAAAAUCUUACAGCCGGGUUUGAACAUAUUAAUUCCUGUAUUAGACAGAGUUAAAUAUGUUCAAAUUUUAAAAGAACAAGCAAUCAAAAUUCCGGAACAAAGUGCUGUCACUAAAGAUAAUGUUGGGCUGCACAUUGAUGGAGUGCUUUAUGUGAAGGUUGUUGAUCCGUAUAAAUCUAGCUAUGGUGUGGAAGACCCAGAAUAUGCAGUAACACAACUUGCACAAACAACAAUGCGAUCAGAAAUAGGUAAAUUAUCAUUAGAUGGAAUAUUUCGAGAAAGAGAAAUAUUAAAUACCAAUAUUGUCAUGGCGAUUAACAAUGCUUCAAAGGACGCAUGGGGAAUUCAAUGUUUACGAUAUGAAAUUAGAGAUAUACAAGUCCCAAAAAGAGUGCAGGAAGCAAUGCAGACGCAGGUCGAAGCAGAAAGAAAGAAAAGAGCUGCAGUACUUGAAUCUGAAGGGAAAAAAGAGGCUGAUAUUAAUGUUGCACAGGGGAAGCGACAAGCACAAAUCCUAUCAUCAGAAGCUUUUAAAAUCGAGCAGAUCAAUAAAGCUGAAGGUGAAGCCAAAGCCAUUAUUGCGAAAGCUGAAGCCAGAGCUAGCUCUAUUUUGAUGGUUGCCGAAUCUUUAGCAAAUGAACAUGGAUCAAGUGCUGCUGGACUCACUAUAGCAGAGCAAUAUGUAAAUGCAUUCGGCAACCUUGCGAAGGAAGGGAACACAAUAUUACUGCCAUCGAAUACAGGCGACGUAUCAAGUAUGGUCACCCAGGCAAUGGCUAUUUACAAAAAUAUGCAGUCUGUUCCUAAUAUAAAACUGAACACCAAGGGACUUCUACAAGAUGGUGAAAUUCAUAAUGAUGACAAAGUAGUGCAAAAUUCAACUACAGACGACAAAUGAUCCAUUGACAUCGAUUGAUCAAAAUUCAACGAAGUUCUGUGGAAACGAUUUUGGAGGCAUUGUCAUUCUUCAAUGGAUUUAAAGAAAAGUUGCUUCUCUCUAGAUACAAACGUGUUUGUAUGUACAUGCCCGAUAUGGAGAAUAGUUCUCAGGGUAUGAAUCUGCAUACUCGGUACUUGCUAGUUGUAUUGAAAUCAGUUUACCUUGAUUGCGUAUAUAAUUUUUUUUCGCAGAAUCUUCCUGGUUCUUUGGUUUUCUUCAGUAAGUGUAGACAAGGUAAAAGAGGAUAUUAGCCUAUCCUAAAUCACAUUCUUGACAUUUGAAAAUUUUGCCAUGAACACAGGACUAAUCAAAUUAUUCUUCACAAUCCUCCACCGACAAAUAAAACUGCCCGCACGUUUUGUUUGGAGUGUAAAAUAUGUAGAGAUCAUAAUAUCGCAAUUAAAAAUCGGGCAAUACUUCGAAGCAAUUUGACAUGAGAAAAUACACAUAUAUUUACCGCAAUUUUUAACACAAUAGUGAAGAUUUAACAAAAGAUGCCAAAACUUCCAACCAAGGUUUAAAACAAGAGACAUGAUAAGACAAUCUCCAAUCGAGAUUUAGGCGUGUGAGCAUUGUGAUAAGAGAGAUUUUAAUUCCACGAACAAUGAAAGAC